AUGGCUCUAAGUGGAAACUGCAGAACUUAUGCCCCACCCAGAGACCAAGUGACUAUCUUACAGUCUUUUCCUGAAGUAGUUGAACUCAAUGUCGGCGGUCAAGUUUAUUUUACACGCCAUCAAACUUUGACCAGUAUACCGCAUUCAUUACUGUGGAAAAUGUUUACUUCAAAAAGAGACUCCUUAAAUGACCUGGCCAAAGAUGCUAAAGGAAGGUUCUUUAUUGACAGAGAUGGAUUUCUUUUUCGAUAUGUUCUCGACUAUCUCAGGGACAGGCAGGUGGUUUUGCCUGAUCACUUCCCAGAAAAAGGAAGGUUGAAAAGAGAAGCUGAAUAUUUUCUGCUCCCAGAGUUAGUAAAACUUCUUGCACCAGAUGAAGUGAAACAGAGCCCAGAUGAUUACUACCACAGUGACUAUGAGGAAGUCUCACAAGGAAGCGAAACCAGAAUAUGCCCAUCUUCAUCUUUGAUGCCUUCAGAUAGAAAGUGGGGCUUUAUCACUGUUGGGUACCGAGGAUCUUGCACGAUGGGUAGAGAAAGUCAAGCGGAUGCAAAGUUUCGGAGGGUGCCAAGAAUUUUGAUUUGUGGACGAAUUUCCCUUGCAAAAGAGGUCUUUGGGGAUACUCUAAAUGAAAGUAGGGACCCUGACCGGGCUCCAGAAAAGUACACCUCCAGGUUUUAUCUCAAGUUUAAGCAUCUAGAGCGAGCAUUUGACAUGCUUUCAGAAUGUGGAUUCCACAUGGUAGCCUGCAAUUCCUCAGUAACCGCCUCAUUUGUUAAUCAAUACACUGAUGACAAGAUCUGGUCGAGCUACACUGAAUAUGUUUUCUACAGGGGACCUUCAAGAUGGCCAUCAAACCAUUGUGACUGCUGUUGUAAAAACACAAAAGGGGAUAAGGAAGGAGAAAGUGGCACAUCUUGCAAUGAACUCUCUACAUCCAGCUGCGACAGUCAAUCUGAAGCUAGCUCUCCUCAGGAGACAGUCAUCUGUGGUCCAGUAACUCGUCAAUCUAACAUUCAGACUCUGGAUCGACCAGCCAAGAAGGGACCAGUGCAAAUUAUCCAGCAGUCGGAAAUUCGACGAAAAAGUGACCUUUUACGAACUCUGACCUCUGGCUCCAGAGAAUCAAAUACAAGUAAAAAAAAAGUUGUGAAAGAAAAGCUAUCAAUUGAAGAAGAGUUAGAAAAAUGUAUUCAGGAUUUUAUGAAGAUAAAAAUUCCAGACAGGUUCCCUGAAAGGAAAUAUUCUUGGCAAUCAGACCUUCUGCGAAAAUAUCAUCUAUAGAAAAAAAACACAAAACAAAAAAAGAAAAUCUCUUAUUAUAAAUGAAAAUUCCAUGGUUCAUGAAAACGUAUUUAUUUGGUAGAUUAUCAUACCCAUAUAAAGUACUUCCUAACAUUUAAAAUUCAACUUAACCCUAUUGGUGCUGUGUGAGCCUAUCAAAUAUUGCAGGCCUGACCAGCAGCAAAGGAGUUGACAUUGAUUGCUACAGGGUAUUACAUUUUUCUCUUUGUGGAAGCACAAUGUACUAUGUUCCUUUGUGAUUUUAGUAAGAUGAUUUCUGCAAACACCAAUGGCACAAAUAUAAUAUACAUGGUGUACAGAUGCUUUUGUUUUAGUUUUAUGAAUGUCAAUGUAUUAAGAAAGUUUCUGGAAGUGUCACAAAAUGCAUGUUUCCUUUAAACAGGACGAAGAGCACACAAGUUAAAUAAGCAACAAAAAAAGUAAAAAAAAAUGAUGGUUUACAUUUAGUGAAUAUACUACUGCUUACAUUAUUGGUCUUGUUAUAUCCUUGUAACUUUGCACUUUCUUUCAAGACGGAGAGCUGCUUUUGUGGUCAUAUAAUCCGUGGCUGCUUCAUUAUCUCUAUUUUUGUAGGAUUAUGGUGUUUGCCACAAAAGUCCGUUCCUCUUUUUAGCCUCUAGCCAUGAAUUAUGGAAAGAAACAUUCCUAUUAAAAAGGACACUCAUUCUUGUCAGCAAAUUAUAAUUUCUUUUGCAAACUACAGGGCUUUUGUGGUGAAAAAUAAUGUGUACAUUUUCAUAGAUGUUCAAGUGCAUAAUAAAGUCUAAAGUGCUCAAUCACGCACCAA